GCUGCCCGGCCCGGCCCGGCCCGGCCCGCCGAGCGGGUGGCGGCGGCGGCGGCUCGCUGGGCAGGAUGAACGUGGGCACAGCCCACAGCGAGGUGAACCCCAACACGCGGGUGAUGAACAGCCGGGGCAUCUGGCUCUCCUACGUGCUGGCCAUCGGGCUGCUGCACGUCGUGUUGCUCAGCAUCCCCUUCUUCAGCGUCGCCGUCGUCUGGACCCUCACCAAUCUCAUCCAUAACAUGGGCAUGUACAUCUUCCUGCACACGGUGAAGGGGACGCCAUUUGAGACCCCGGACCAGGGCAAAGCCCGGCUGCUGACCCACUGGGAGCAGAUGGACUAUGGCGUCCAGUUUACAGCCUCACGCAAGUUCCUGACCAUCACCCCCAUUGUGCUGUACUUCCUUACCAGCUUUUACACUAAGUACGACCGGUUCCACUUCAUCGUCAACACUGUCUCCCUCAUGAGCGUCCUCAUCCCCAAGUUACCCCAGCUUCACGGGGUCCGCAUCUUUGGGAUCAACAAGUACUGAGCUCGCCCGGCCCUCCUUGCCCUCCCCAAGGGCUGGCGAGAGGUGAAGACUGGCCCAGCCCGGACCCGGCCUCCAUCCUGCAGCUGAUGGAUCGGGUGAAGCCCAAGGAGCCCCCAGAAAAGGAGCCCCCGAAACAGGAACCUGCUUCCCCUCUCCCUUUCCCUUUUGGAAACUGGAGCUGAUGGGGGAUGUCUGAGGAGGGGCUGGCCAGGGCCACUGGCCUUCCAGGCUGUGUGGGGCAGGGUAGGGGGAGUCCCCUGACCCCCCCCACCCCUUUGUGGCCCCUAACCCUCAUGACCCCGGGGGAGGCUGGACAAGAGGCCUGGG